CAAUAAUUUGUAAGAUUGCGUUGUGCAAAAAAUCAUAUAAAAUCAUUAUUACGAACCUCAUCUCCUCCUCGUGUGUGACUCUCAUUUGCUCUUUGCCGCUGGAGCUACGUACCGACGCUUACUCCGGACAGGGACAACCAUGUUGCGCGACGCGAUGCCUUUUUUGGAAACCGAGGUGAUGUUUGACGGACCUGAGAAGGCGGGGAAAGAUGGUAUCAAUUUUUACAACCACGUCGGUGAAACGAAGACGCCGCACGAUUUGUGGAAACAAGACAAAC